AAUUUAUGUUGAAUUUAAUGGUACAUCUGUUUGUUCAGCUAUAACACCCUUUCGGUCCCUAGCUCCUGAAGGAUGCACGAGGGGUGGUGUACUGCUAGGAUGCCCAGGCCUAGACAGGGGCAAUCGAGAUUCAGAGUUUGGGUUCGAACCGCGAGCCUUUCGAUCAGUAAGUCUGCGCCCAUACCACUUGGCUGUCUUGGGCUCUGUUAGACGGACCAUAGACUGCUUUAUUUCAGCUGGAGUCUUCUUGGGCGUACAGAGCACCUUGUCAUGGAUAGUUGAAAACCUCAUCCUCCUUGCUGCGGGCAGAUGUGCACCGAAGCACAUCAUGCGUUCAACUCCGCACAAUACCGAUUAUCAUCUCUGUGCCCGCAAAGCGGCCGUCACCAGUGUCGGUGAACUUUGUCAAUUGCUUCAGGUAAAUUUAACCAUGGGUCUUGAUGAGAAGGAAGUGAGACUACGGCGGAAUGUUGCGGGGCCAAAUUCUUUUGAUCAUAAGUCCUCCGACUCCCUCGUCAAACGUUAUUUGGAACAGUUCAAAGAGCCCAUGAUAUUGCUUCUUUUGAUCUCAGCUGCUGUCAGUUUCUUGAUGCAACAGUAUGACGACACCGUUAGUAUCACAGCGGCUGUUUGUAUCGUGGUGACUGUAGCAUUUAUUCAGAACUAUCGGUCGGAGAAGGCGUUGGAGGCGUUGAAAAAUCUGAUGCCACCAAAGUGUAACUGUGUUCGGAACGGUGUUCUAUCCACUUUCCUCGCUUCUGAGCUUGUCCCCGGCGAUGUCGUCUUCCUUUCAAUGGGUGAUCGCAUUCCGGCCGAUAUGCGCCUCAUCGAAACUGUGGACUUACGCGUUGACGAAUCCAGUUUAACCGGUGAGACUGAGGCAGUACCCAAAAUGGCGGACACACUCUCGUCCACGGGAUCUUUACUUGUGCCGAAUGGAGUUGGGCCUACGUACAACCCUACAUUAACGGAAAGCAAACCUCCCGUUGAUUCUUUCUGUCCGGAAGAACCUCUCCUGACGUCAAUCACUAUCAACAGCGAUUAUACUGCCAAUAGCCCGACCACAGAUGCUUUGAACCGUCUUCGUGGUUGCCAUGAUCUGACCAACAUUGCGUUCAUGGGCACCCUGGUUUGUUGCGGGACUGCCAAAGGUGUUGUCAUCGCGACCGGUGAGCACUCUGAAUUCGGUGAAGUGUUUCGUAUGAUGCAGUCAGAAGAGGCACCUCGUACACCGUUGCAGAAAAACAUGGAUCGGCUCGGGAAACAUUUGUCCGUUAUAUCACUGACGAUUAUUGGUAGCAUAGUGAUCGUGGGACUGAUUCAACGUCGCCAUUUUCUGGAGCUGUUGAAUAUUGGAGUCAGCCUGGCGGUAGCAGCCAUCCCGGAGGGUCUUCCCAUCGUUGUUACGGUAACUUUAGCCAUUGGUCAAAUGCGUAUGGCUGCACGAAACGCCGUGGUUCGGAAGUUGCCGGCAGUGGAGACACUUGGUUGUGUGAAUGUGGUGUGCGCGGAUAAAACCGGAACUAUGACAAAAAAUGAAAUGACUGUUUCACAGAUUGUGUCGAGCGAUUUGGAACACUACACGGUCCAGUCGAGAUUGGAUGGAUUACCCCUAGCCUUGUCAUCGUCCACUCCCAAUAUUCAUCGCACAUUUUCAGCGGAUUCGAGCUCCGUUGUUGGUCCAUGUGCGGAGUCUGCGGUUCCGCUUUUCCGUUCACAUUCUAUCUAUCCCAAUUCACGGACACACUCGACUGUAGAUCUUCUGUCAGCUUCAUCCUGUCCCACCGCUUUCCAGCGCAUUAUUGAGAUCGGAUCCAUAUGUAACAACGCGAUUUUGCAAGACGGGAAACUUCACGGACAACCUACUGAAGGUGCACUUUUGCGUUUGGCUAGUCAGUUUAGAAUUGGCGACAUGCGGCAACUUUAUACUCGUCUACACGAAUGGUCGUUUAGUUCCGAGACCAAGAUGAUGAUGAUCAGCUGCAUGCGCAAUGGACAAGUGCCUUCCACAGGACCAGUGUAUUUUGCCAAAGGCGCCGUAGACCGGAUUCUCCAACAGUGCAUCUAUGUUCACAAGCCUUACAGUCUUGAGUCUUCGACAGGCAGUCAGUCCCCCAGUGACGUGGUUUGCAUUGAUAACUCACCCGUGCGGUCAAUUGAUUCACCCUAUCCAUUGACUCUGGAGCACCGAAGCGCGAUUCUCGAAGAAGCUGCAAGUCUCGGUUUGCUUGGCUUGCGUGUUCUUGCUUUGGCCGAAGGUUCUCAUCCUGAGCAGCUGGUGUUCCAUGGACUCGUGGGUUUGUUGGAUCCGCCAAGACCUGGUGUGGAAGCUUGCGUACGAACUCUUUUGGAAUCGGGCGUUCGUGUCGUGAUGAUAACCGGAGACUCGGUGGAGACAGCCAAAGCUAUUGGAGGACGCCUGUUCCUUUAUCGAGAGGGGGACUGUUGUCUGAGCGGCGAGGAAGUGGACCAGCUGAGUUUGACUGCGCUUCAGACAAGAGUCCGCAAUGUGACCAUCUUCUACCGCACUGGACCUCGACACAAAUGCAAGAUUGUCAAAGCCCUACAACAUUGUGGUCUUAUAGUCGCAAUGACCGGGGACGGUGUGAACGAUGCCGUUGCACUCAAGUCGUCCGACAUUGGAAUUGCUAUGGGUUGCGCAGGCACCGAUGUGUGUCGUGAGGCGGCUGACAUUGUGCUGUUAGAUGACAAUUUCGCCACUAUUUUGGCGGCUAUGGAAGAGGGCAAAUCCAUAUUCCACAACAUUCGUAACUUUGUUGGCUUUCAGCUUAGCACAUCGAUCGCAGCCCUCUCGCUUAUCGCUCUAUCCACCCUUCUGUCGUUGCCUACUCCGCUGAACGCUAUGCAAAUCCUCUACAUCAAUAUUCUGAUGGAUGGCCCCCCAGCUCAAAGUCUUGGUGUUGAACCACCGGAUGAGAUGGUAAUCAAGCAACCACCUCGAAGGUCGCAAGACCCUAUUCUGGACCGCCAACUGAUGACGAAUGUCCUGUUCGCUGCGAGUACCAUUCUGAUAGGCACUUUCGGUAUAUUCUGGCUGGAGCUCGCAGACAAUCACGUGACUCCUCGAGACACAACCAUGACUUUCACAUGUUUCGUCUUGUUCGACAUGUUCAACGCGCUCAGUUUUCGUUCUCAGAAGAAAUCGAUUUUUUCGCUUGGUUUCACCACGAAUCGGAUGUUCCUUAUCGCUGUCUCCUUGUCACUGUUUGGGCAGCUACUGGUCAUCUACUUCCCUCCGUUACAGAAAGUGUUCCAAACGGAAUCGCUCUCGGUCUCCGAUCUGCUGCUCCUCGUAUGUCUCAGUUCUACCGUGUUUGUGGUUUCCGAGAUCCGAAAAUUUUUCCGAACACCCCGCUGGAACGUGUUCAAACCGUGGGUCACUUGUCACUCACGAUGUCGUGGCAGGUAUUCGAAAUUCGGUGAGAGCAUGGUGUAGUCUACCGAAAUCUGUGAUCUUCCCGGUUUUGAUGAUCCAUCAACUACUUCUAAAUUUACUAUGCUCCGAUGCUCUCCGUUCAGCACAAGACCUUUCGGUUCGCUGAAGGUCCGCAUAACAUAACGGUGCACAUCAAUCUGUACCUAUGGCCAAGCAACUUAUGCGCCUGUUCUACCGUAUCUUUCACAUUCAUCUCUUUUGUUUCUUAUCUCCAUAUGCACACACACACGUCUGGCUUGCCCGAUUUUGACGCACCGGUGCGUUCCUGCCCCCCCCCCACCCUCAUUAUUGCGUCACUUGUAUCUUUUGGGGAUGUAUCUCUAUACGUCAACGUGAUAACUUGGUUUACGACGUCCUUCGGUGUACAUUUUUGUGCGCUUUACAUACCUUGCUGUCCGUCAUCCAGAUACUCGUUUUUGUGAAUUAAACAUUUCCGAUAACUGCGUGCUGCUGUCACCUGGUGUUAGGCAGGAAUCCACACGGAUCCUACUAUACCGCACGUCUUUAGGCGCUGCUACGGUCGAUAAGCCUGGCCCGCUCGAGGUUGGCCCAGAAUUCGGGACGCUUACCGGUCCGGCAUCAAGGCGAGAUCUGAUUGGUCAGAAAUCUGGACCCAAC